AUGGACAACCAGAGCGACGCCGCAGCGCUCCUCGGGGUGGGUUUGGAUAACUUUAUUUCUCUGCUGAUCUUCGCGCUCAUCUUCACCCUGGGGGUCCUCGGGAACACGUUGGUGAUCACGGUCCUGGCGCGCACUAAGCCCGGGCAGCCCCGCAGCACCACCAACAUCUUCAUCCUGAACCUGAGCGUGGCGGACCUGUCCUACCUGCUCUUCUGCGUGCCGUUCCAGUCCACCAUCUACGUGCUGCCCACGUGGGUGCUGGGCGCCUUCAUCUGUAAGUUCAUACACUACUUUUUCACAGUGUCCAUGUUGGUCAGCAUCUUCACGCUGUCCGCCAUGUCCGUGGACCGCUACGUGGCCAUCGUGCACGCGCGCAAAUCCUCGUCCAUCCGCGUGGCGAGGCACGCGGCUCUGGGGGUGCUGCUGAUCUGGACCCUGUCUUUGGCCAUGGCGUCCCCCGUGGCGCACUUCCAGAGCAUCGUGGAACGUGAGGACAAUAACACGUACUGCUGGGAGGUGUGGCCGGACCAGCACCGGAAAGUCUACGUCCUGUGCACGUUUGUGUUCGGAUACCUGCUGCCGCUCCUUCUCAUCUCCGUCUGCUAUGCCAAGGUUUUAAACCAUCUUCACAAAAAGCUGAAAAACGGCUCCAAAAAGUCUGAGCUCUCCAAAAGAAAGACUGAGCUGGACCAGACUGAGCUGGACCAGUUUGAGCUGGACCAGUCUGAGCUGGACCAGUCUGAGCUGGACCAGACUGAGCUGGACCAGUCUGAGCUGGACCAGACUGAGCUGGACCAGUCUGAGCUGGACCAGACUGAGGCGGGACAGCUCCCCUCUUCUCCGCAGACGGCGCUGACGGUGCUGGUGGUGGUGGUGGUCUUCUGUCUCUCCUGGCUGCCCCAUCACGUGGUGCAUCUCUGGGUGGAGUUUGGCUCGUUCCCGCUGAACCAGGCCUCCUUCGUCUUCAGGAUGGUGGCUCACAGUCUGGCCUAUAGCAACUCCUCGGUGAACCCCGUCAUCUACGCUUUUCUGUCCGAGAACUUCAGGAACUCCUACAAGCAGGUGUUCUGGUGCCGCACGCCCAACGACUGCCCCCUCCACGACGCCCACCACCGCAGCAGGAUGGACACCGCUCCAUCCACCAACAUCAGCGCUGCUUUCAAGAACACAGACUCACUGUUCACCAAGAAGGAGGUCAACAGAAAUGAUGAGCUCGCGACCCCCAAGGCCGCCUCCAUCACAGCGAGGACUGAGACCACAGGGACCAAGACCACAGGGACCAAGACCACAGGGACCAAGACCACAGGGACCAAGACCACAGGGACCAAGACCACAGGGUCCAAGACCACAGGGACCAAGACCACAGGGUCCAAGACCACAGGGACCAAGACCACAGGGACCAAGACCACAGGGUCCAAGACCACAGGGACCAAGACCACAGGGACCAAGACCACAGGGACCAAGACCACAGGGUUCAAGACCACAGGGACCAAGACCACAGGGACCAAGACCACAGGGUCCAAGACCACAGGGACCAAGACCACAGGGACCAAGACCACAGGGUCCAAGACCACAGGGACCAAGACCACAGGGACCAAGACCACAGGGUCCAAGACCACAGGGACCAAGACCACAGGGUCCAUGACCACAGGGACCAAGACCACAGGGACCAAGACCACAGGGUCCAAGACCACAGGGACCAAGACCACAGGGACCAAGACCACAGGGUCCAAGACCACAGGGUCCAAGACCACAGGGACCAAGACCACAGGGACCAAGACCACAGGGUCCAAGACCACAGGGUCCAAGACCACAGGGACCAAGACCACAGGGUCCAAGAGUAUAUCGCAUCUGGAACAACAUGUGCAAGGACAAGAUCCGCAGCUUUAUAUCCUGCUGCCGCUGAGCAUUGUGGGAAACGGAGUCCUGGCCAUGAAAAGACUCUGUGAACAAGUGCCGGCUUCCCACCUCAGGCCCCGGUGUCUGCCUUUGUCCUGCCUGGAAACGCUCUCCCACAAACUGAUAAAGAUUAACCGUCAGCGGCAGAUGAAAGCCGACCACGCCGCCAUUGAUUCCACAGAAGAAGAGAAAGAGCCACAGAAGAAGAGCACAUUUUGGGUCGGAGCUCAUUCCCGACGCGGAGGAGAUAUGAUCAGCUUAUUUGGGCGCUGCUCCAUGUGCCAGAAUGAACUUUGA